CAAAUCCAGUGUGCUUGAGCCUCCCCGGUAUGGAAAACAGGGAUAUGGCGACAGUAUAGCUUUAAUACACAGGCUAACGCAUAGGCUAAAGAUCGAUUAAUGCUCAUGUGAUGUUUUAACACGGGUAUUAAUAGCAGCAACCGGCUUCAAAACCAGACGGUCCAGGCAAACAUGGAAAUCUUUGGAAAUUCGGGGCACUUUAAAUUCUUUCCACCUCUGGAAUUAGGAAAUGACAGUACGUCUCAGAUACUUUAAAUUGAAAAGCCAGUUUUUAACGUCUGGUUUUGUAUCGCCGGUAGCCUUAAGGAACAUGUUUUUCGGACUCGUCGUUUCACUUCGUAAGGAUUUUGCGCGGUUGUAAAAACAAGCUGAUCUGAGCCACAAAACGAGAUUAGUCAGCUUGUUUCGCUGCAAUUUCAGUUCUUGUUUUCUCUUCGUGAAGGUCUUUAUUAGCGUUUUUAUCGUUUUUUUUUAUACAAAAUGGAUUUUUUUAUCUAAUUUAUAACGUCGAUAACAUUUUUUAGUAAAGCGCUUUUGCAACGCGACAAACAAAGGUACCUGUUAAAAUGGGAUCGCUGGCUCCGGGCAUCAAACUCAUCACCGCUUUCUCUAGAGACAGCUGGUACAGAUUCUUCAUCCUUUUGCUGACGUUUGUCUUCUACACUAGCUACCACCUCUCUCGAAAGCCCAUCAGUAUCGUCAAGAGUCAACUGCAUAGAAACUGCUCUAAUGUCAUUUAUCCAUCUGACCUCAACAUCACCGACAAUGACACCUGGUGUGAUUGGGCCCCUUUUGACCAGAAAAAUUACCAGAACCUGUUUGGAGUGCUGGACAACUGCUUUCUUGUCGCAUAUGCGAUCGGCAUGUUCUUCAGUGGCAUUUUUGGAGAGCGCGUGCCCCUCCGGUACUACCUGACAUUCGGGAUGCUUCUCAGUGGCCUUUUCACUACUCUAUUUGGUCUCGGUUUUUACUGGAAAAUUCAUUCUUUGUGGUAUUACUGCCUUAUCCAGGUUUUAAAUGGACUUGUGCAGACUACGGGGUGGCCAGCUGUGGUUGCAUGUAUUGGGAACUGGUUUGGAAAGGGAAAGCGUGGAUUUAUUAUGGGAGUAUGGAAUUCUCACACCUCGGUUGGAAACAUUCUGGGCUCCCUCAUUGCUGGUGUCUACGUGUCGUCUGCGUGGGGCCUGUCCUUUAUUGUGCCUGGUAUCAUCAUCGCCUCCACUGGAGUCCUGUGCUUUUUGUUCCUGGUUGAAAAACCUGAAGAUGUGAACUGCACUCCUCCACAGCAUCAUGAGAGCGCUGAGCAGGAACCUCUGCUGAGCAAUUCUUCCAGUAAUGAGGAGAUCUUCAGCAGUCACUCCUCGACUGCCGUGGAGCCUGUGGAGGAGCACACGGAGGCCAUCGGCUUCUGCAGUGCACUCAAGAUUCCUGGUGUUGUGGAGUUUUCCUUAUGUUUGCUGUUUGCAAAGUUGGUCAGCUACACUUUCCUUUAUUGGCUCCCUUUAUACAUUGCUAAUGUUGCACAUUUCGAUCCCAAACAUGCUGGUGACUUGUCUACACUGUUUGAUGUUGGUGGAAUUGUGGGUGGCAUCCUAGCUGGUCUUAUAUCUGACUACAGCGGGGGCAGAGCUACCACCUGCUGUGCCAUGUUGAUUAUAGCUGCUCCUAUGCUCUUCUUGUUCAAUAAGGUCGGGCAGAGCGGCUUGUCCACGACAAUCUGCAUGUUGCUAUGGUGUGGCGCUCUCGUGAACGGACCCUACGCUCUUAUCACCACCGCUGUAUCAGCUGACCUAGGCACUCACGAGUGUCUCAGAGGAAACUCGAGAGCUCUGUCCACUGUUACGGCCAUUAUUGACGGCACUGGAUCAAUAGGUGCCGCUGUUGGGCCUCUGUUGGCUGGGUUGAUCUCUCCCACUGGUUGGAAUAAUGUUUUCUAUAUGCUCAUUGCUGCGGACGUACUGGCUUGUCUUCUGUUAUCAAGGCUGGUAUAUAAGGAGAUCAGAGGAUGGUGCGGAAACACUACGAGACAGAGAGGGUGAACAUCCCCAAUUUACACUCAUUCUUAAUGAAUUUAUGGUGAAAUAUGUUCAAAGAGAUCUGAGCUGUCCGUGGAACAAGACAAUAUCACACCUGUGAUGGAAAAUUACCUGCAGCAAAACGACAAAAAGGGACCAAGGGCUGAUCCAUCUAGCCAAGCCUUUUAUGCCCGGGGUUUAUUUUAUAUGAAAAUUGUAACAUGACACUUUUAUCUUUCAUUUUAUACUGACAAUAGAACAAAGCUUAGCUGCUGUGGAAGAGGAGAGUCACACGCCCUCAUCCACACGUUUGCCUGAGCGGGACAAAAAAGAGAGAAUCACUAAGCUCCUUCAUUUUAAUACAGGAUGUUUUGGUGCCUGAUGCCUGAUUCAAAUAUAUCGUUUAUUAUCAUUAAAAUAUGUCCAUCAGUGUCCUUUUA